AUGGACUUAGAUUUACCUUUUGGAGGAAAAGUCAUCAUUUUUGGCAGAGAUUUUCGGCAAACUAUACUGGUUAUCCAGCAGGCACCAAAAGGUGUCUUGAUAGAAUCAAGCUUGCCUAAUUCUCCCCUAUGGUCUAAAUUACAUAAAUUGAGGUUGACAAAAAAUAUGAGAGCUAUGUUCAAUCUAGGAUUUUCAGAAUUCUUAUUAAGAGUGGGCGAGGGAAGAGAACUUGUUAAUCUGCAUGGUGAUGUGACCUUAUUGACGAAUAUGGGUAUUCCUUACCAUGAUAAAGAGAAGUCUUUAAAUUGGUUAAUACAGAGUGUUUUUUCAGAUCUAGAGCUCUAUUCUCAGGAUCCUUAUAGUAUGAGAAACAAGUGUAUUCUUACUGCAAAGAAUACCUCGAUCGAUGAAGUAAAUGACAUAAUGAUUAGAAGAUUUCCUGGAAAUCUUCAAACUUAUAUUAGCUCAAACAAGACUAUUGAUAAAAGGCAUCAAGGCAAUUAUGAGGACCUUCUCAACUCUCAAAAUCGAAAAGGUCCCCCUCCUCAUAAGUUACUAUUGAAGAAAAACUGUCCGAUUAUACUUAUGAGGAACUUAUAUACUAUAGAAGGCCUUUGUAAUGGCAGAAAGGCUGAUUUGUAG